AUGGACACCAGCUACCUGUCCCAGCAGGUUAAUAGCAUCAUCAACCAGCUCCAUGGGCUGUUUGACGAGAUCGGAGUACCCGAACAUGAUCGCGAAAAUCGUGAGGCCGAGCUCUUUGCCGCACUCUCCGACACUCUAAACAAUCAACUACGCCGAGUCACUGCUGAGAAAAAGGACCUGAUCGAUGAAGCACAAACAAUCGUCACUACCAUCCGCCAGAUGGAGGCGUCGCUCGACGACUCGCGGCCGCGGCGGGACUACCAUGACGACGACGACUUACAGAUCACAUAUCCACUCAACCAGUGCCUCCUAACGUUAAAGGAGAAGCACACUCAAAUCAGCAGGAUACACCGCGAGCGAUUCGAGCAAGUAAAGAAACUCGUACAAGCGCUCGAGUCUUAUUCGUCUCACCUCGAGCCCACCUUUGUCAAGAUUGCCCUACCUCCCACCGGGCCAAACCAGUCCAUCCCUCCCAACUUCGACAUCUCCCCCUCCUAUGUCGACAAGCUUGACAACGAAUUCACCCGCGUCUACGAAGAAUACACGCGCCGCGUCGCCACCGUCAAGGCCUUGUGCGAACACAUUAUCCAGCUCUGGGCGGAACUGGGCACGCCGCAGGCCCAGACUGAUGGUGCCAUAGUCAAGUACUAUCGUGAUGCCCCCGAGCAACUAGGUCUCCACGAAGAAGACAUCUCGCGGCUCCGAGCCAAGAGAGAGAAACUGUCCGAGGAGAAGAGGAAUCGUGAAAGGCGUUUGAAAGAUCUCAAGGCUGCCGUCGAGGCCCUCUGGAACAAGCUGGGCGUAGAGGAAGGCGAACAGAAGGCCUUCCUCAAUGCCAACCGCGGGUGUGGCGUGCGCCAGAUUAACGAAUUCCAGGACGAAUUAGCGCGACUUAACGAGUUGAAGCAUGAAAACCUUCACCUGUUUGUCGAAGACGCGCGAUGCAAGCUCCAGGAGCUAUGGGACUCGCUCUACCUCUCGGAGGAUGAGAUGCUCGAGUUUACGCCAGCUUUCUCCGACGUAUACAGUGAUGCUUUGCUCGAAGCUCAUGAGCGGGAGAUUGCUCGUCUCGAGGCGUUGAGGGAGCAACGCGCCCCUCUCCUUGUACUCGUUGACAAGCAUAAGAGCCUAGUCACCGAGCAAAAGGAGCUUCAAGCGUCCGCCAAGGAUGCCUCGCGACUAAUGAUGCGCGGCCAGAAGGGUGAACGACGCGACCCCGGUAAGCUGCUCCGUGAGGAGAAGAUGCGCAAGAGGAUCGCCCGGGAGUUGCCCAAAGUCUCUGCGGAAUUGCGCAAGGCGCUUGAGAAAUGGGAGGACGAGUACGGUCGACCUUUCCUUGUUCAUGGCGAUAGGUACCUCGAGACCAUGGAUGAAGACGAGCCAAAACCCGCACAUGCCCCCAGAGCGAAGACUCCAGCUGGUCCUCCAGCAUCUGCAAGUAAGGCUGCCCCGAAGUCGGCACCGCCUAGUCGAACGAACAGCGGUCGGUCAGCUGCGCCCUCUCGAGCCAUGACCAAGACUCCUACUGCGACUUCGAGGCGCGCCCCGCCAGCUCACCAGACGACCGCCAAUGGAAAAGGUAGCCCAUCGCGUAUCCCCGCACGAGUGCCACUCGGCAAUCUUAAGCACGGCACCAACUCACCCGAGCGCCGACCCGAGUCGAGGGCUCUACCAUCAGCCCGAAACGGUCCGCCCCUGAUGAGAGCCCCUCCUCCCAAGAUGCGCGAGCUGGUCCCCGCCCCAACCCUUGAAACCCCGGUGAACCCCUACUCGUCUGUCGGACUUGGCUCCAUUGUACGGGGCGUAGAUCCCGAGGACGUCUACGACGAUGGAGCAGCAGACCGAUUUCCGAGGCCUCCUUCAAACAACUCAUACGUACAACAGCAAGAACGACAAGGUUCGAUAAGACACCUCAACUCCUCGACGUAUCCCCCCGCCCCUCCCGCGAGACAAAUAUCUGCCACCUCUCAUAGUUCGCACACGUCGACGCUGGUAUCCGGAUCGGAGAACUGGGAGACGUACGACGACGGCAGUGAGCCGGAGAAGGAUGCCACUGACACGUACUACGCUAAAGUACGCGCCGCCCGCAUCAAGCGCAUCGAGCCGGAGAACGGACACCGUCCCUACGCGAGUCAGUCGAAGCGGCCUCGUGGGCUGCCGCCUAGCUCGCAUCCGCACCCUGGUCAUGUCAUGAUUGAUCAGGAUGGGAACCGGAUUGUGUCUGCUGGCGAGUGGACGGAUGAGGAUGCAUUUUGA